AUGAAUCCUACGCUGCAGUUCGUGGGCAAACUCUUACUUAUGGAUCCUCUCCCUGCUGUCAACAACAAAGCUUUCUCACUCAUUAUUCAAGAUGAGAAACAGAGAGCAGUCUCAAUACAUGCUCCUGGAAGGUCUUCAAUCACUGAUGCCGCAGCUUUCGCCGUGCGGGACAACAUGCGAAACUCUGGUAGGAAUUUUUCUCCUAGAAAUUCCCAUUUAAAAUGUGGCCGUUGUGAUGCAACCGGACAUACUUCAGAAACCUGUCGUGCACACCUCAAGUGCGACUACUGUAAUUGGAGAGGUCACACCAUAGACCAAUGCCGCAAAUUGAAAAAGGCAAAGGACAACAGCGAUAAGGGAGAUUAUCAAGAUCGCAGGGGUUCCAACUCGCAGGGGUUCAACUCCAAGGCUAAUCACGUUGACAUCAAACCAACGCCUCCAGCAACAUCUCCUUCAUCCUACAGCCUCACUCCCGAGCAAUACCACAACCUGCUUGCACUCCUUGAUAAGAGCCAAUCUAAAUCCACAUCUAACCAUGUCGGUACCACCUCUACUAUGAAUGAUUUAUCAGGGCCAACGAUCGGGGAAGAUGAUUGGGACGGGAACUGAACAAGGAGGCCUCUACUACCUUGAUAAUGUGACAAAAACCAGGUGCAAUUCAGUGUCAGUUGUUACUCUUUCUGCUUCUCAGCUUUGGCAUCAACGCCUUGGCCAUCUUUCCAACAAAACCUUACGGGCUAUCUCUCCUUGCAUUAAAAAUUUGAAUUUUUGUAGCAUUGAUGAUUGUUUGAUCUGCCCCUUAGCCAAACAAACACGUGCUCCUUUUCCUUUGAGUUCUAUUAAUACAAAAGCUCCUUUUGAAUUAAUUCAUGUUGACAUUUGGGGAGGUUACCAUGUUCCCACU